UGUCCGCUCUGGACCUAGACUCGCUCGGGGACUUCUUACAGUCGUGGUAUGAUUGUCGAACCCUCUCCUUAUUUCGUCUUUCCUAUUACGGUAGCUGCCUUUGGUAAGACUUGAUAAUUGGGUAACAAAUUUUGAGUCGAUGUAAAUUUUGUUUAAUUUUAACAAAAGAAUUAUUGAAAGUCCUAAUGAACCCCCAAUUCCAUGAUUCCUUCAAAAUACGACUAGUUCCGAAUUCUAGUUCUAAUCAAACUAGGAAAAUACUAUCUGCCUAGAAAUAUCCCAUAAAUCAAGGUCAAAAAACAUAAACAAAUUAUAGUUACUUUAGAAUGGCGAAGUGGGCAGAACUUCCCAACGAUCUGAUUGCUCUGAUUGCAAAGUGUGUUAAUGUGCUAGAAGAUUUCGUGACUUUUGGUAAUGUUUGUAAAUCAUGGCGAACUGCCGCUACUAAGGAAAAUUUUGAUGUGUUUGCGCCUCAAAUUCCGUUACUAAUGUUGGCUGACAAAAAUGAUGAUUAUCGAGAAUUUUACUCUCUUUCCAAGAAGAAAGUUUCGCGCAUGUUUCUCCCAGAAGCUAGAGUACUAGAGUGUUUUCCAUCACAAGGAUGGAUAUUCACAAAUAAUGAGAAUACAGGAGAGAUGAAACUGUUGCAUCCUUUCUCUCGUACCCAAAUUCUACUUCCUUCACAAAAAGACUUAUUGGCUUCACAGGGUCGCGGAGAAGGACUCAUCCGGAGUUGCAUGGAGAGAGCUGUUUUAUCUGCUAGUCCGUCUCUUACAUCAGAUUAUGUACUGCUGGUUUACUAUUAUGGAAGUGGUGGUCAUUUGGCUUUUUGGCGACCUAGAGACGUCAAUUGGACCAAUAUCAUUGGCGACUGGUGUGUCAUGGAACGGGAAAGUUUGGGUUUACGAUGUUGCAGGAAAAUCUUUGAAUUAGAUGUAAUCAAAGGUGAAUUGAAGGAGGAGAUUAAGACCUUGGGAGAGUCAGCAAUCUUUGUGGGCCGUAAUACACCAAGUUCUGUUGACUCUUCUAAGUUUAGAGGAGUCAAGCCUAAUCACAUAUAUUUUACCGAUGAUUGGGCUGAUCAAUUUAAUGAGUUGGAAGGCGGGGGUGGAAGAGAUAUGGGGACUUACAAUCUGGAAGAUGCAAAGAUUGAAGCUUUUUAUCCUGGAGAGUCUCUAAGUCCUAUCUGUCCGCCGACUUGGGUUACACCAUCAUUCUGA